AUGGACGAGAAUGGAUCUCUCUAUGUCGUUGACUAUGGAAAACAUGAAGUGAGACGAUAUCGAAGAGGAGAAUCUCAAGGAAUAGUGGUUGCAGGUGGCAAUGGAAGUGGAAAUCGUCUCGAUCAACUCUCUUACCCACAAUACGUAUUCGUCGAUCGAGAUCAUUCAGUAUACGUGUCUGAUUGCGGAAAUCAUCGUGUGCUGGAAUGGGUGGAAGGUGCAAAACAAGACAUUGUCGUGGCUGCCGGUCAAGGACAAGGAAAUGAUCUUACACAAUUGUCAUAUCCUGAAGGAGUCGUUGUCGAUCAGUUGCGCACUGUCUUUGUAGCUGAUCGGGGAAAUCAUUGA